UUAAAAAGAAAAUUCCAUUCAUCCCCCAAUAAAGCAGCCCACUCAACGGGUCGCACGUUGCCACCCUCCCUUCCUCACCACCAUGGCAGCAACCGCCUCUCGCCCGCCGUCGAAACUCUACGAUCUCGAUAUUACGAUUGUUUCCGCCAAGCAUCUGAAGAACGUGAGCUGGCGUAACGGUGACCUCAAGCCCUACGUCAUCUUCUGGGUCGACCCCGACCGCCGUCUGGCUACCAAAUCCGACGAUUCCGGCUCCAAUCGACCUGUCUGGAACGAGCGCUUCGUCCUCCCUUUAACUCUUCCCCCGCAAGAUUCCCUACUUACUCUCGAGAUCUUCCACUCCAAACCCUCAGAGACACCUAAGCCCCUGGUUGGUACACUCCGGUUCCAACUCAAGGACCUGGUCGACCCGGAUGAUUCCUCCAAGCUGAGAACUUUCGACCUCCGACGGCCCUCUGGUCGUCCUCAGGGUAAGAUCCGCCUCAAGCUCGCCCUUCGUGAACGCCCCGUGCAAGAUUACCAAGUUACCCCUCCCUCCCCCUAUUACUACUCCUCUGCCCCUCCUCCUCCUCUCCCUCACUCCGCCGCUCGCGACUACAGAGGAUACUCGACCUCUCCUUACACCAUCCACCCUGCGCCGCCACCUGCUGCUCCAUCCCCUCCUCCUCCUCCUCCACCACCACACCCGUACCAGUACAGCGGAUACUCGGACCCCUACUCAAGCUACUAUCCAGGUUACUACUCGCAGCAGCCACCGCCUCCUCCUCUUCCCCGGCCGUUAUUCGACCGGCAAUCGAGCUAUGGUGGGCCAGGGCCGAGCGCGCCUGUGGAUUAUGCUCCGUAUGACCACCAGAAGCGCGGAGCAAAGUUGGGACUAGGUGCAGGAUUGGCAGUGGGGGCUGUGGGGGGAGCCCUUGGGGGGUUGGCAUUGGAGGAAGGAUUGAAGUAUGAAGAAGAUAAGAUUGCAGACAGGGUGGAGAGUGACUUGGCAGCCAGGGAAGAUUACAGCGAUUAUCGUGUUGACUACUGAUGUUAAUUUAAUUGAAAUUACUUUAAAGAUCCUUGCUUUUGAGGUAAUGUUCAAUGGCUGAUUUGGAAGUAUAUGGUCACAAUGGAUGUGUAUAUAAAGUUUGUUUAUCUUAUUCAGCUUAUGGUGUGAAUGAUGAUCUGAUUGUGCGAGUCCAGUGGACAGGAAACUCUUUUCGUAUGUAUAAACUUUGGCUGAAGGGAUAAUCAACUGUUGGUUAUGUUCUGUUCUGUUACCUAUCAGGGUUAUAUGGUUAUAUAGUUAACUUCGAAAUAUA